AAGAAAUCAAGUCAAACUAACGGGAUUCCGUCUAGGGUUUCUGCUUCUCGGCUUUCUGUGUUGGUUUCCGUGCUGUGGAAUUCCUGCCAUGCCAGAGGACGCCGGAGCAACCUCCAAGAACUAGUCGAUUCCUUUCGAGAUUAAUUUACGGAAUUCCAUAAUUCAUGCUACACCCGCAUUGCCGGUGUCUUCUUUGUUCAUGCAGUUGCCACGGAUCUUUAGCUGAAAUGCUGGAUUUCUAUGCCCCUUAACGGUGGUUCUCUUGUCAAAGUUGAUAUUAAAACUGUUUCUGUGGUUUUCCUGGUGAAGUUGCUGUCGGAUAGAGUUCUUACAUCUUUUAGAUAUGGAAGAUGAGGAUUUAAAUAAACUUCCAUCCAUAGUUGAUUCUGUUUCUGAAAGUGAAAAGAGCAAAACCCAAUUUGGGUACAGUAGCAUUGAUUCUCAAUCUAACAAUUCUGAGCAUAAAGAAGACAUUCUAAGUGGGGAAAGUGUGGAACACAAAGGUGAUGUUGAUUUUGAACAUACUUGCUGCAUGUCAGGUGCAAACCUCGUAGAAGUUCAUGUUGACAAUCACGCACUAAUGGAAACUGAAGAUACUGUUAGCUUUCCUGUAUCUAUUAAUACUGGCUGUAAGCAUGAGAACAAAGAAAAGUUUAGUGAUAUGGGCACUCAACCCAGUGAUAUUUUGGACAAAGACAAUGAGAUGGAAAAUAGAAAGCUGUGCCAGACUGAGAAUUUUAUUCAGCCUGACAGUGCUCAUUGCUUUCCAGAAGCGAAGCAUGGUGAGGAUUUAGAAGAUGGUCAAUCUGCCUUGCAGGUGAAUUUUGAGUUGACUGAAACUGUCAUAGUCUCUGAAGAACCGAAAUGUUCAAGCCCAGGAGCAAUUGGUGAGAAUGGUUUCCAAGCUCUCAGGGAUGGAAGUCCCAAUACAAGUUCUCAAGUGGGUGCUAAAAGAGCCCGCGUCACUAUAGAUGAACGUCAACCUUCAGUGCAUGUUGUCUAUAAUUCCCUAACAAGAGCUAGUAAACGAAAGCUUGAGGGACUACUACAGCAAUGGUCAGAAUGGCAUGCUCAGCAUGUUUCUUUAUCCAAGGAUCCUGAUGAAGUGUUUGAAUGUGGUGAGGAGACAUUCUUUCCCGCUCUUCAGAUUGGCAUGGAAAAGGCACCUGCAGUGUCGUUUUGGAUGGAUAACCAAACAACAAAGGAGCAGAAAUGUUUCACUCCUGUAGAUGGUAAUUCCGUGCCUUUGUAUGAUCGUGGAUAUGCUUUAGGUUUGACUUCAGCAGAUGGUGCAAGUAAUGUUGAUGGGGGUCUAGAGAUCAUUGGUGAUGCUCCCCGGUGUUUUAAUUGUGGUGCCUAUGAUCAUUCUUUGAGAGAAUGUCCACGGCCCCGUGAUACUGCUGCUGUCAAUGUUGCUCGUAAGCAACACAAGUCUAAGAAGAACCAGAAUCCUGCUUCCCGGAAUCCAACUCGAUAUUAUCAGAAUCCUCCUCCUGGAAAAUAUGAUGGUUUGAGGCCAGGUGCUCUUGAUACUGAAACACGUCAACUCUUGGGUUUGGGGGUACUUGAUCCGCCCCCUUGGCUUAACAGAAUGCGAGAAAUUGGAUACCCACCCGGAUAUUUAGAUGUGGACGAUGAGAAUCAGCCAUCAGGCAUUACCAUAUAUGGUGAAGAAGAAAUCAGAGAACAGGAGGAUGGGGAAAUUAUGGAGGCAGAUUACUCAAAGUCAAAAACAAAAAUGACUGUCGAAUUUCCAGGAAUAAAUGCGCCCAUUCCAGAAAAUGCAGAUGAAAGACUGUGGGCUGCUGGACCUUCAAGCUCAGAUACUUUCAGAAACCGGCCUCAGCACAGAUCAUCAAACUCUAGUACAGAUUAUGUCAGCAGAGGAUAUUAUCGUGAGCGGAAGUCGUCAAUGGAUUUCAGGGAUGACGGCCCUCCAGGGGACCCAGGAUAUGGCUCAUCCAUGUAUAGUUUUCAUCCAAGGUACAGUAAAUAUGAUGACGAAUACAAUACAGGAAGCCCUACCUUGGGGAGGUCUCAGUCAGAGAGAAGUUGGAGAAGUCCUUUGCGUGAUGAAGGAUCCUCAAACCCUUCCUCCUUUAGUUCUUUUCACUACUCUCACUAUUCACACACACACAGGCUUCUUUCACCUCGCGAUCAUGAUUCAGGCAGACCUAAUUACUGGACUGAAAGCCUGAAUGACAGAGACCCAGGUCGUUCUCGAAUGAAGGAUACAUCAGAAGGCCGCCACUAUCGCAGCUGGAGGUAAAAGUGGUAAUAAUGGUAGUUUGUGGAGAUACAGUUUCGUCCACUUAAAGUUGAACUUACCUCUAACCCUUGCCAAUUAGGAUUAGGGUCUGUACAGAGUUCUAGAGAAGUUGGCAUGUUUUAGGCUUUAGCCCUUCCUGCUGGCCUUUCUCAAAUAAUAGUGUGAUAUUUUACUGCCCAAAUAUUUUUUUAUCAUUAGCUCCAUUAUGAAGGGUUGAAGCAUCUUUGCUCCGUUCCCCCCCUUUGUCUUAACUUGUGUGUUUGAUUGUAAGAUUGUUAGCUGUUAUCAUUUGCAGCUUGUUUACAAUCUUUGGCUCGAGAGUGACUUAGUCUAUCAGGAAUUGGCCGUUAGAAAAGCGAUUUAGUUCGUGAAACCAAACACGCUACUAGUAUUAGUAUUAGUAUUAAUACUUUCAUAUAGUUCUUGGUGUUAGAUAUUCAGAUAUAUGAUAUUUAGAAUGUCGUCACUUGUCAUUUGAUAUUA